AUGAAACUCACCCGUCUCCCACGAUCUCUCUUCCCAACCAACCCCUCCAUCUGUCCCCGCUGUCUCCCUCACCGCACCUUCACAACCACCACCACCACCCCUCCAUCAAAAGCCUACGCCCCCCUCCCCUCCCGCGCCCUCCUCUCCCUCACGGGCCCCGACGCAACAGCAUACCUCCAAGGCGCCCUCACCGCAAACCUCUCCGUCCCGCGAUCAACAGGGUUCUACGCCGCUUUCCUGAAUGCGCCAGGGAGAGUACUUUAUGAUGUUUUCGUGUAUCCGAGGCAGGACGGGUGGUUUGUCGAGUGUGAUAGUGCGGAGGUGGAGGCGCUGGGGCGGUGGAUUAGGAAGUAUAAGUUACGGAGGAAGUUUGAGGUUAAGGUGAUAGAGGGGGGGGAGUGGGGUGUUUGGGGGGCUUGGGGUGGGGAUCCUGCUAUGAAUGAAGGAGGUGUAACAUGUCCCGACGAGCGCGCGCCUGGAUUUGGACAUAGACUUCUGUUGCCGGGAUCGCAGAAACCGGAACUCGACGCGCCGGAGGUCGAGGAGGAUAGUUAUACUGUUCGGAGGUACAUGAGCGGUAUCCCGGAAGGCCAGCAAGAGAUUCUUAAAGAGAGCGCAUUGCCGUUGGAGAGUAAUAUCGAACUUAUGGGCGGGAUAGAUUUUAGGAAGGGCUGUUAUGUGGGACAGGAGUUGACGAUUAGGACGCAUCAUACGGGGGUUGUGAGGAAGAGGAUUUUGCCUACGAGGGUUUUGGGGGAGGGGGCGGGUGGAUUGGAGGGGGAUAAGGAGGAGUGGGUGUUUAAGGGUGAGGAUGUGGGGAUGAAUGGGUUGGGGGUAACUAGUGCAGGGAGAAAGGGACGGUGGAUACGCGGCAUAGGGAAUUUGGGGUUGGGGCUUUGGAGGUUGGAUGGGUUGGGGGUUGUGGAGUUGGAGGUUGGGGGGAGGAAGGUUAGGGUUGAGCCUUUUGUGCCGGGGUGGUUUGGGGAGAGGGAGGGGAAGAAGAGUUGA